AUGCCGCUGGCAUUGCAGUGGCCCCCGUACUCGAUUUACGUCAAGGACGAACACGGGCAGGACAAGCUGUGGGGAAUCUCUGGUGCGCUCAUGGGAAACCUGACCGAAUCCAUGGGUCUCAGAAUCGUGUCCAAGAUACCUGCAGACAACCAGUGGGGAUACCGGAUGGCCAACGGAUCGUGGGCAGGGAUGCUGGGAGACCUGUCCAGAAAUGAAAGCGACAUUGCGGUGGGUCCCUUCGUGUUGACGGCGAGUACGGCCGCCACUUUCCCGAAUGGCUUCUCUUACUUGGUGGAGACGUUUAAUUUCCUGUGCGGCAUCGAGCACCCUUUUACCACUGAAAUAUUUACAAAAAUUUCAGCAUUUGAUAUUCAGAUGUGGAUUCUGAUGUUCCUGUACAUGCUUCUCCUUGCCUACAUCAGUCUCCACCUGCUUUCCGUAAACGACGCCAACCGGCGUGCCCUCGGUUACACGGAGCGAUUCAACGAGUGGAACGAUAUGUUCUUCCUCUACUUUUCCGGUCUUAUGCAAAGAGCUACCACGCACAGCAAAGCCUGCAAGAAGAGCGCCCCGUUCCGUGGCCUGCUGUGGCUGUGGUUGGUGUGCAGCUUCUUCGUAAUGAACUUCUUCACGGCCAACAUGAGCGCUAGCUUGAUGGUAAAGACCGAGGCGCCGCGCAUACGCACCGUUGAAGACGUGCUCCGGGCGCCCGACAAACGCGUCCUGCUCUUCGCUGACAGCGGUUUCACCGACUUGUUCAUGUACUCGGAGCUGGAGUCAUACCGCGACCUGUACAGCCAGAUCAGGCGCACAGGCGGCGAGAUACACCCUUUGCAGGUGUUCAGCGAGGAAAACAUGCGGCAAGUGCUGAAACAAAACUCGGUGAUCCUACAAGAGAAGCUAACGCUCGACGACCAGGUGGGGCGCCAAUGUCGGCGACUCGUCGGCCAGGGAUUCUUCUACUUCAGCGAACAGUCCCUGUCCACGCUUCCUAUCAGUUGGUACGCACGAGCCGACCUCGACCCUGUGAUCAGGGACGAGCUCUACACAAGGCUCAUGUGGUAUGCGGACACCGGACUCCUGGUCAAGUUGCGUCAGGAGAUCUCCCCGCUGGGGGAAGAGUGCCUUCUGCGCAUGAGCGACAAAUCGAACCUUCAGCACCGCACUCUGCUUUUGGACGACCUCCAGCCGCUGUUCCUGCUGGUGCUACUGCUCCUGCAGUUUGCCACCGUAGUGUUCCUGGCAGAGCUGCUAAUCGCGGCCGUUCGGAAAAGACGUCAAGGGCCUUCGCGUCACCGCCUAUUCGUAGAUGGCCGUCGUGUGCUCCAGGAGCGGCAUGCUCGUUAA